AUGGCAGUUGCACAGUUAGUCUCUCUCUUUGAGGCUCUACACGAAGACACAUCCAUUAAACCCAUGCCCAGGACCUUUCGCAGUCACACCUCGUCCUCGAAAGUCCGUCUCCAUCUCCAAACCAUCUUUAGUCACAAUCCUCGACGCCGAACGUCAGCAAAGAGUCCAUCGGGCAACAUGUCUUCGUCGUCCUCACCGGCGCCCUCGUCCAUCCGAUCCUCACCGAGUUCCUCCUUCAGCAGCUUCGGAGGUCGACGACACCUACCUACCAAUGACCUUGAUUCGGCUAUUCUGUCCCCGAUCUCCCCACUGUCAAGCCAUCACAUCCGUCGCCAACCCUCUGCCAUCGACCUAGCCCUCGAGGCAGAACUGUACGCCGACGAAGUUGAGAUCAUUGGGCUGGGACUACUAGAACCCCGCCCUCGAGCGAACACAGCUACCUCGACAACAUCUUCUUCCACACAAUGCUCAAUGAUGGAAUUCAUGAAUGAAACCAUGCAAACACCGGUGGUGCUGGAUGGUAUCUUUGAGGUCAUGGAACGUGCAUGA